UUGCUCGAGACGCGGGGCAGAGCGCUUCGGUCCUCAAGGAAGAUGGCUGGAUAUUCAAACGAGGAAUGGCUUAGGGCUGAGCUGGAGCAGCAGAAGAGAGAAGAACUAAUCGAAGAGUGGUCCACCGAAGAAAGUGAAGAGGACGAUGCCCCUUUGCCAAAUGACGACAACGUCGCCAAUGAGUUUUUUGCUGAAGAUGAUGAUGAAGCAGAUCCAUUUCUACCCCAGAUUCCGUCAGAUUCGGACUCCGAUGACGAUAAAGAAUUUCUUCUGGGAAAAGACGGAGAGACCAUCUGGUCGAAGACCCCUAUGGGAAAGAGAACUAGUAGAACUCCAGCAAGAAACAUCAUUACUCAUCUUCCAUGUGCAAAAGGGAUGCUCGAGCAUGUAACACUGCGCUGUCUAUUUUCAAACUAUUUUUAG